AUGGACAACAUGAACUCCUUUGUGGAAUACUCCAUUUGUAACAGACCGGGCACCGGCGCCUACUCUGCGCCCAAAUCUUCACACCACCACCACCAUCAUCUUCCUCACCAUCACCUUCCUCUGGACCAGCAUCAGAGCUUUCCUGUGACCUCUGCCAGCUUCCACACGGGACCCGCUUGCUCCUCAUCUCCCGUUAAUGGGACGAGAAGUGACAGCACGAUGUACACCGGGGAUGGUCGGCUGUACGGGGGCACCGGAGCGGGAACCGGCGGUGGAGGAGUGGAUGGGGCCUCUGGGUCGACCCAGCAUCAUCAGCAACGUCCACAUCAUCAUCAUCAUCAUCAUGAACAACAACAGCAUCAGCAGACGCACAACGGCUACCAUCAUCAUCCUCAUCUUCACCAAACCCAAAGCUUACAGAGCGGAAUAUUACAGCCCUAUAGUACCGGGAAUAACGGGAACUCUGGGGCCUACGCGGGUCAGGCAUGCGCCACAAACUCGGAGUAUGUUCCCGCGACGGGCCCCACCAACACCGUUCACCCUCAGUACUUCAUGGAUGAGUCUGUGGCCUCCUCUUACUAUCAUCAAUCAACCUUCCCCAGCUCGGCGCCCAGCUACGGGGCCCUGGCCGGAGCCUACUGCGGGCCUCAGGGCGCUCUGGCUGGGUCACAGUACCCGCAGCAGCUCGGCGGGGGUCUGGAUGCAGCGGGCUACCUGGGGCUUCCACACGGGGGAGGUUACGGGGAACUGCCCGUGUCUCAGGACCGAGAGAGGGGCGAUGAGGAGAGCCAGCAGGCCGGGCAGGGGCAGACCUUCGACUGGAUGAAGGUGAAGAGGAACCCGCCCAAGACAGUCAAAGUGUCAGACUUCGGCCUCGCCGGCGCGCACAACAACGCCAUGCGCACCAACUUCAGCACGCGGCAGCUGACGGAGCUGGAGAAGGAGUUCCACUUCAGCAAGUACCUGACGCGGGCGCGGCGCGUGGAGAUCGCCGCCACGCUGGAGCUGAACGAGACGCAGGUGAAGAUCUGGUUCCAGAACAGGCGCAUGAAGCAGAAGAAGCGCGAGCGGGAGGGCGCGUCCGCGUGCACGGCUCGCUCCUCCUCCUCCGGUACCGGCAGCGGCUGCAACAAGGACCUGGAGGACACCGACCACUCCUCCGCGUCCACGUCCCCAGGCGCGUCCCCGAGCUCAGAGACAUAA